UUCGCUUUCCUUCAAUUCUAUUAUAAACAAAACCAUUUUCUCUCUCCAUCCAUUUCUCUACCCAAAUGGGGGCAUACAGAGCCGAUGACGAUUACGAUUAUCUAUUCAAAGUGGUUUUGAUCGGUGAUUCAGGUGUUGGUAAAUCCAAUCUUCUUUCCAGAUUCACAAAGAACGAAUUCAGCCUCGAGUCUAAAUCCACCAUUGGUGUUGAAUUCGCUACCAGAAGCAUUCGUGUUGAUGAUAAGGUUGUUAAAGCUCAGAUUUGGGAUACUGCCGGUCAAGAAAGGUACCGAGCAAUUACAAGUGCUUAUUAUCGUGGAGCUGUUGGCGCUUUAUUAGUCUAUGAUGUUACCCGCCACGUAACAUUUGAAAAUGUGGAGAGAUGGCUAAAAGAGCUGAGAGAUCACACAGAUGCCAACAUUGUCGUGAUGCUUGUAGGCAACAAAGCAGAUCUACGUCAUUUACGAGCAGUUUCAACAGAAGAUUCUACAGCUUUUGCUGAACGGGAAAAUACAUUUUUCAUGGAGACAUCUGCCCUUGAGAGCUUGAACGUUGAAAGUGCCUUCACAGAAGUGUUGACACAGAUAUACCGCGUUGUAAGCAAAAAGGCUCUUGAGAUUGGUGAUGAUCCAGCUGCUUUACCUAAAGGACAGACGAUUAAUGUUGGUUCCCGCGAUGAUGUAUCAGCUGUGAAGAAAGGUGGAUGUUGUUCUGCUUGAGUAUGUUGUAAAAAUCGAUGUAUUUUUACUCUGAAAUUUAUUUCCUGUUUAUACCAUGUAGAGAUUGAACUGACAGAAUGAAGAUGAUUGGUUAGAGAUGUUCAA